UUGCCCUGCUGCGGCUUCACCUUCGCUUCACGCCUUGACAGGCCGCACCUGGAUGGAGCUCGACUCUUAGAUUAACUGCCCAGUUGCACGCCAGGCCAUGCUGGUAACCCUCCUGUUCUAUCGACUACAGGCGCAUGCGUGUCCAACGACAGCAUGCACCGUAUCCGUCUUCCCCUCUCCGCCCGCUGUCAAAUGCCACCGACCGCCUAUCGUACAGUCUUAUGCUGCAUGCGCUCUUGUCUACUACUGUGCCGCUGAGAAAUGCUCCAACAGAAAUGUGACAGACACGCCCACCCCCACAGUCACUGGCAACUGGCGAGUAAAAACAUGCUCCUCGGUAAAUCAACGCCCAAAAACAAAUCGUGGCUGAUGAAGCUGUUGUUGGCGCCGGAAACGGUAUCCCACCCAUAAAUCGUCCAAUCCC